CGACCUUAACAUUAUCUCCCUUUGAUCAAGGUUGCAGUCGCCAACAUGGCUGACAAAUCGGGAGAUAUGAUCGAACCUGUUCAGGAAAAACCAUGGCAGCUUGAAAGACGGAUGCAAGAGCAUCAUAUAAACAGAGGGAGCAAAUAUCCACCAUUUUCAAUCGAACCGGUCCCCUACGAAAGACAGAGAUUGGCGGGCAAGGGACUGUCCCCUGAAGAACGACUGCUAAGACGACAAUGGGUGAUGGAUCAAGAACUUUCUCCCAACGAACCAAGGAUAAUGCCGGAAUUAAAACCGAGAAAUAUAUUCAAACGGAUUUAUAACGUGCCCAUGAAUAUAUUGUUUAAAGCACUAGAACCUGUAAUGGGUACUUGGGGUGCAGCAAUGGGGAGAAAUCUGGUCCCACGAAUUUUGCUGACCCUAGGUGGUGUGUAUGUUGUGUACUACAAUGUGAAGUAUCACCCAAAUGAUUGGACUAGAAUUGGAGGUUUUCAUGUGUAUGAGUCCAAACCACUGCCAUACAGAAAUCAACCGGCACCAGAUAGGAAUGAUCCCAGUGAUUAUUGUGAACGGGGAUUUAAAUCACGGACAGCUCUAUUGGAUGGAAAAACCAGUGCUGCAGAAUGAAGCCAUCAUUAUAGUGUAAAUAACAAUUCACGAUGAUCUGAAACAUGAUGGUUUCAAUCAAGAUCAACCUUAACAUGUAGAGCUGUGCUAAAUGAAAAUGGUAUUAUACAGGACUUACGUGAUGUGUAGCUACUAAAGUUUAUGUGUGACAGUUUUGAAAGAUAUUAAAAUGUAUUAUUAUU